AUGGGUGCAUCAGGCUUAGGUUCUGCUUUAACAAAGUGCAUUAAUCUCUCAAAUUUGACACUUUACAUUAGUGAAAAUUAAAUUGGCGACGAAGGUGCAUCAAACUUAGGUUCUGCUUUAGCAAAGUGUGCUAAUCUCUCAAAUUUAACACUUAAUCUUAGUGGUAAUUAAAUUGGUGACGAAGAUGCAUCAGGCUUAGGUUCUGGUUUAGCAAAUUGCAUUAAUCUCUCAAAUUUGACACUUGAACUUUAUAACAAUUAAAUUGGUGCAAUGGGUGCAUCAGGCUUAGGUUCUGGUUUAUCAAAUUGCAUUAAUCUCUCAAAUUUGACACUUCACCUUAGUUUCAAUUAAAUUGGUGCAAUGGGUGCAUCAGGCUUAGAUUCUGGUUUAGCAAAUUGCAUUAAUCUCUCAAAUUUGACACUUAACCUUCGUGAUAAUUAAAUUGGUGACGAAGGCGCAUCAGGCUUAGGUUCUGGUUUAGCAAAUUGCAUUAAUCUCUCAAAUUUUACACUUAAACUUGAUGAGAAUUAAAUUGGUAACAAAGGUGCAUCAGGCUUAGGUUCUGGUUUAGCAAAUUGCAUUAAUCUCUCAAAUUUGACACUUGAACUUGGUGAGAAUUAAAUUGGUGACGAUGGUGCAUCAGGCUUAGGUUCUGGUUUAUCAAAUUGCAUUAAUCUCUCAAAUUUGACACUUGGCCUUCGUUACAAUUAAAUUGGUGCAAUGGGUGCAUCAGGCUUAGGUUCAGGUUUAGCAAAUUGCAUUAAUCUCUCAAAUUUGACACUUGAACUUUAUUUCAAUUAAAUUGGUGCAAUGGGUGCAUCAGGCUUAGGUUCUGGUUUAUCAAAUUGCAUUAAUCUCUCAAAUUUGACACUUGAACUUAGUGAUAAUUAAAUUGGUGACGAAGGCGCAUCAGGCUUAGGUUCUGGUUUAGCAAAUUGCAUUAAUCUCUCAAAUUUUACACUUAAACUUGAUGGUAAUUAAAUUGGUACAAUGGGUGCAUUAGGCUUAGGUUCUGGUUUAGCAAAUUGCAUUAAUCUCUCAAAUUUGACACUUGAACUUGGUUAGAAUUAAAUUGGUGACGAUGGUGCAUCAGGCUUAGGUUUUGGUUUAUCAAAUUGCAUUAAUCUCUUAAAUUUGACACUUGAACUUAGUGAGAAUUAAAUUGGUGACGAAGGUGCAUCAGGCUUAGGUUCUGGUUUAGCAAAUUGCAUUAAUCUCUCAAAUUUGACACUUGAACUUUAUUGUAAUUAAAUUGGUGCAAUGGGUGCAUCAGGCUUAGGUUCUGGUUUAUCAAAUUGCAUUAAUCUCUCAAAUUUGACACUUCACCUUAGUGGUAAUUAAAUUGGUGACGAAGGUGUAUCAGGCUUAGAUUCUGGUUUAGCAAAUUGCAUUAAUCUCUCAAAUUUGACACUUAACCUUCGUAACAAUUAAAUUGGUGCAAUGGGUGCAUCAGGCUUAGGUUCAGGUUUAGCAAAUUGCAUUAAUCUCUCAAAUUUGACACUUGACCUUCGGUAUAAACAGUUUAUUUGUUUUGGAUUGUGA